ACUCUCAAUAAAUAGAGCCUCUCACACCGUUUAGGUUUAUAAAAACAACAUCAAGGGAAGGUGAAGUAAGCGAAGAUACUUUUGCUUUCAUCUUCAUGUGCCAUGGCUGGAGCGAGGGAGCAAGAUCAGUACAUGCCAAUAGCAAAUGUGCUGAGGAUCAUGCGAAGGAUCUUGCCACCACAUGCAAAAAUCUCCGACGAAGCUAAAGAGACCAUUCAAGAAUGUGUCUCGGAGUACAUUAGCUUCAUCACUGCCGAAGCCAAUGACCGAUGCCAGCGCGAACAACGUAAGACAGUGACUGCUGAAGAUGUCUUGUGGGCUAUGGGAAAACUUGGUUUUGAUGACUAUGCUCAAUCUCUUUCUGUUUACCUGAAUCGUUAUCGCCAAAGUGAAGGAGAACGCAUGUCUGGGGGGAGACGUGGUUCUACUUCUGUUCCUCCAAUGGAGCUUAACCCACCUUUUCAUCCUUAUCCUCCUCAUGGCUUUGGAAUGUUUGAUUAUGAUCCAUCACACUCCAUAGCUUCUUCUUCCAGAUCAGGUGGAUUUGUUCAAAACUUUGACCCUUAUGCUAAUCCAAACCCUAAUCCAAACCCUUAUGCUCAUCCAAACCCUAAUCCAAACCUCCAUGAGUUUGACCCUUUUGGUAAUCCAAGACCUGCUGAUGAAAAUAAUAAUAAUAAUAAUAAUCAUCGCAUGUGAAUGUGUUUGUGCAUGCAGCUACAUUCACAAGGUCCAUGAUUCUGGUGUGAAACUACUACAUGCAGAGACUUGAUGAUGAUGCUAGUGUUUUAAGUGUUUUAUUUUAUGUUCUUCAGUUUGGUUGUGUGUUUUCUAUUCGAGACAGUGUGUCUCAGUUUAUGUUUUGAUGCUUCAUGUAUAAAUAUAUGUGUAUGUAUAAAAAAAAUGAUAAACCUUCUUAA